AUGAAUUUUCUUUUAGACGAUUUUUUCUUCCCAAUUCUAGGGCCUCUAAUGGUCUGCACAACAAUGGAUGAAUUAUAUUCCGUUCACGCUGUACAUCUCAAUGCCCGCCAGAAAAAACUCGAUCACCUCCACAGAUGUCAGAGCAGUCUGGUGAAGUUGAGCAACAUUCACCACCAGAACAACAUGAUGAAACUGAACAGCGCGCACCACCACCAUCAGUGCGUCAACCCGAACCAGCCACAUCACACAACCAGACAGAAAAUAAACAACACGUUCGUCAGGCCUCUGCUCAAGCUCUGCGACGUUCCACUGGCGUCUUUCGAUCAAGGAGAAGAUGAACCUAACGACGAAAUGGUGAACAACGGAAUGGGAGCGUGCGGAUUGAGAGGUGCCGGCCUCAUGAAUGGGAUGUGUUCAGCCGGGAGGGGAGGGUUGGCUCUACUUGGUUACUCCACCAUGAGCAACUUUCUGGUUAGGAGAGACCAACAUGCCUGCCAUAGAAAGUUGAUUGAGGACGAAACUAUCUUGAGUGAGAAGGAUGAUUGUGAGGAAGAUGUUGACGAAGAAAGCGAGGUGGACGCUGGCGACAGCAGCAGACGUCAUAACAACUACCGCCUCCAGAAUGGUUGCAUUGAACAUAGAAUUAACAUUAAUCAAAAUGCUGAUAAUGACAUUAACACAAAUAACAACAACAACAACAUCAACAACAACAUCAACAACAUCAACAACAACAUCAACAACAUUAACAACAUUAACAUCAACUGCAGCCGCCGUAGUAACAAACAAGACCUUGCACUAACGCAUGGAAAAAUUAGCAACAGAUCGACAAGCGAUUCAUUUGAUUAUCCUAAUGCUGUUAAUUAUAAUAAGUGCAAUAAAAACGAUGGAAGCCAUAUAAACAACAUCAACUAUAUCAACAAUCCAAACAGCAACUGCAACAGCAGCAACUACAACAACUACAGCAACUACAACAACUACAGCAACUACAACCACAUCAACAGCAGCAACAUCAACUACAAUUAUGACAAUAACUUCAACAUAAACAAUUACAACAUAUUCAACACUGCCAUCAAGUUCAACAAUGACAACAUUAACAACAUCAUUAACAAUAGCGAGAUAAACAACAACAACAACAAAUUGAUCAUUCCGAUUUUGUUGUCAACUGAUGACGAAGACGGUGACGUCAUAACAACUUUGGUUGAAACUUGUAUAUCUAAAGUAAACAACAACAAUCCAACGCUUGAACUAUGCAACAACUACAUCAGCAGCAGCAGCAACAACAACAACAUUUUACUCAACAAUUUUAAUAAUAUCAGCAAUAAAAACAUCCUAAACUUCCAGCAUACAAAUAACAGCUUUCUAUUUAAUAAACAAGCCAAUUUUAACCAACUUAGCAAUUUAAACAGCAAAAAUAUUGCCAACACAAGCAUUAACAGUAAUGAAAACAUCAGCAGCAGCAACCAUAACAAUAAAAACAUCAUCAACAACAACGACGACAUCAACAACAACAACAACAACAAUGCUAGCAACAUCAACAGCAUCAAUAACAACGUUUCAAUUACAGAAAUCUCAACCGGCACAGUGAGAUCGCUGGAGAAAUCUCUUAAUAACAAUGCAAAUAAUGCAAUACCCCGCAAUAUCGGUGAUAACAAAGCAAUGAGCAUUAUAAUGCAUUCUGACAGUUUCAAUGUCAUCAGAAAUAUUAACCAGACCGACGAAAAGACUAUAUAUAAUAGCAAUGACAACAACAACAACCACAAAGACGACAACAGCACGAACGACGAAGCAAUACAUACAUGGGACAGUAACCUAACAAAAAUUACAAUAACAAAUGAUGUUUCUAAUGCAAAUAACAGCACAAAAGAUGGAAACAAUGCUGGCAAAUGUAUAAAAAUCGUUACAACAUCAAUUGCAUCAACAAAUACAACGACAUCAACUUCAACAACAACAACAAAGACUAAUUCUCAAAGCAAAGCUUUACAAUCAUCCAAAACAUUGCCAACUCCAACGCUAUUGACAAAAUCAAAAACCUCAGAAACUUUAUCAUUUUUAAACAUCAGAUUCUCAUUCUGCAUCACCGUCAACUUCAAUCAUAGCAACGUCAUCAUCAUCGUUAAACUUGACAUCAUCAACAAACACGUCAUCCCUUGGACCAUCGUCGUCAUCGCCAUCAUCAUUGCCAAAAACAUCAGCAUCUGUUCCAAAACCAAACAAUCUCAACAGCAUCAACAUAUCCAACGUUCAUUAUGUUUACCAUUGGGUAUCGUGUCAAAACAACCAUUAAACUAUGCAGUCAUCCAUAUCAUUGUAAGCAAAUGA